UAAUAAUGGCACAAAAGGAAACCAUGUGUGUAAGUAUUUGUAAACACUAGACUUUUAUUACGAAUAUGGCUUUAUGGACUUAAACAUCGCCUUGUUGAAGAAAGAUUCAUGUAAAUUUGAAGGCAUUAUUUACAAGAUACAGACAAGAUGGAGGCUACAGAGGAAAGAAAGUUGGACUUUGCUCCAACAGCGAGCAUUGACAAGGUGGCCCUAAAUAACAAGGUUGUGAAUAUGAGGUCUGUGGUUCAGAGAGCCAAGCUGUAUGUGAUCAACGAUCUAACAAAAAAGAUGAAGAAGCUGAGGAAUAAAAAAGGAUCAGAUGAGCAAAAGGAAAAGAAUAGUCAGAAAGCAGACCGUCUUGUUGAAGAAAUGAAAAUAAUAAAGAUCCUGCGGCCAGACUAUAUCUCAAAGUAUGCUCUUGGCUCAACAGAAAAGUUCAGUAAUCUUGUAAUGAAACCAAGUACAACCAUGGAGCAGAGAGCUCUUGCCAGGCUUUCAGAGCAGAAGUUUAUUCAAGAAAAGGUAAACGGGUUCAGGUCAGAGCAUGCAGACUGGAAGGACCUGGCAGCCUUCCUCAUAACCAAACAUACCGCCAGGGAGUUCCAGAAGAAAAAGUCCAAGGAAAAACUCCAGAAGUUAGAGACCAAUGUGAAGGCAUCAGAGACAUUAAUACAAACAUACCUGGGUGGUAAACUGACCAGUAUAAAGGCUGGAAAGUCUGAUGACAGUAGCGAUGGUGAUGAUGUUGAUGAUAGUCAUGGUGCAACAAAUGAACACUUGCACAAAUCUGACAUUCAAGAAGGUGAAAAUGAUUCUGUAGUAUUACAAACUGGUAAAAAUAAAAAGCCUUUAAUUGGUGAAAAACUUAUGUCAAGGAAACUUGCUAUUAAACAGAAACCAAUUGAGAAGAACUUGUCCGAAGCACAGCAGGCUUUAGAAAUAAAGAAAAAGUUCAGUUCUUUGAUUGAUAAUGAGAAUGAUAGUGAAUCAGACAAUGAAAGUAGUUCUGAGGAAGAUGCUGAAGAGCUGCAUCAUACAAGCAGCAAGCUAAUUAAAGGAAACCAAAGUGUCAAAUUAAAAAUGAAUAGUGACGAUGAUUAUGAAUCAUCUUCCAGUGAUGAAGAUAACAAUGACAGUGAAGACAAUAAGGGUGAUGAUUAUGUUAAUGAUGAUGAUGAACCAUCUUCAGAUGAUGAAGAUAACAAUGAGAGUGAUGACAAUGGGGAUCAGGAUGAUAAUGAUGAUGAUCCCGAUGAAGAAUCAUCUUCAGAUGAUGAAAAUAAGGAUGAUGAUGAUGAGGAGGAGAAGGUGAAGAAGGCCGAUUUUAAACCCAAACAAAAACAGAAGAUUGUUCCAAAAUCAAAGGUAGAAGGUGAAAUGAUAAUCAAGAAAUUAAAUCUUAAAGAUGUAAGUGAGAUUGAAGAUAUUCCUACAAUACUGACUUCUAAGAUACCAGAAAAAAAGGAGAAAAAAAGGGUAAAAGAUGUAUUCUUUGCAUGCAGUGACAGUGAAAAUGAGACUGAUGAAGAAACAAAGUUUGAAAGUAAAAGUGAUGCAGUUGAAAUGGAUGAUGAGGCAAAAAACAAUGAACUUGAGACAGAAAGUGUCUAUUCUAAAAUAAAUGCUUUUACAACAACCUUUGUUGGUUCUCUCAGUUCGGAAAAGAUGAUGGAAUGCAAUGAAAAACAGUUCAGAACUAACAACCAGUGGAAGAAGUUACGACAAGAACGAAAGACUGGACAUGAAGACAUGAGCGAAUUCCAUGAUACUGCUAAGAGAGAAUAUAACUCCCGAGGUCGUGGCAGUUCAAGGGGUGGUUUCAGUGAUUUCAGAGGCCAAGGUAGAGGUGGACAGAGGGACGACAGGAGUGGACGGCCCGAGUAUCGUUCAUUUUCCGAGAGAGGGAGAGGUGGAGGGAGAGGUCGUGGGUCAGCUAGAGCUCACGGGGAGAGAGGAAGUAGGGGCAUGGGAGACAGGGGUGCAGGAAGGGGCUCCAGUUGGGGUGCCAGCCGCACUUCAGAUAACAAGGCUGGUUCAUCUUCAACGGAAAAGCUGCAUCCAUCUUGGGAGGCCAGCAGGAAGCGGAAAGAGCAACAGACUGGUUCACUUCAAGUGUUCACGGGAAAGAAAAUAAAAUUUGAUGACUGAAAAUCAUCAGUGGCAUUAUGUAUUGUUGUGAUAUUAUUGUAGAUAAGAUAAUAUUAAACCAUUUAUGAUA